UCAGUCGAGCCGACACCCCCGGCCGGUGCGGUUGUGACCAGUGCAACAUGGUGCUCCUGCUGACCCUCCUGCUGACGGCGGCUGUUGGUGGGUGGGCCGGCGCCCAGCCCUCCGACCGCUCCUCCGACGACCUCCAGCUCGGCUGCAGGGACCACAACAACCAACUGGUCGACUGGUACGUGCUGUACAAGCUGCCAAAACCCAAAAGUCAAAAGUCAAAAGAAGAAUUCGCCGGCUUGAGCGAAGAAGAAAAAGACUUUGUCAGAGAAGGCUCGGCCUACCUGCACAUCUCGUCGGCGUCGACAAAAGGCCCGUGGAGCUUGUCCAAAGUGCCCAUCUGGGACUCAAAUUCUCACCCAGGUCGAACGCUGGAGCCCGUUUACAACUACGGUCGGAGGUGUCUUUUUUACCGUUUUUACAACGACCACUGGCCAGUCGAUGUAAAUGCACACUGGGAUAAAGGACACACCAAGGGGGUGCUUGCCUACGAUGGCAAUUAUGGAUUUUGGAUGAUCCACAGCGUGCCCAAGUUUCCUCCAGCGCCGAAAGAUGGAACAGGCUACAGCUACGCAUCCAACGGACUUCGGUUCGGCCAGAGUUUCCUUUGCAUCUCGUUAAAAUAUCUUUCCGAAUUCAACAAGAUCAUCAAGCAAUUGCAAAUUAAUGAAGCCUUUUGUUACGCUUGGAAAGACCAUGAUGAUGAUGAUGAUUAUGUUAGUCUAACAGUCCCACGAGAAGGCCCAUGUCGGCUUGACAGAUAUGGCGGAAGAUUGCACCAAAAGGAGGACUGGGCCAUCCAAUUUAUCAGGGGGGACAUGCGCAUAUUCGCCAAGAGCAGCAGCUACCACGUCGACCUGUACAGCGACCUGGUGGCUCCCAACCUGACGACCAGCCUGUACGCGGAGACGUGGCGGGCCAACCUGUCAUCCAGCUGUUCCGGCCUCUACCACGUGGAGGACGUGCGCAACGUCACGGUCACCACGGCCACGGGGAAGUUCGGCUUCCCCUCCACCAACGACCACAGCAAGUGGGCCGUGUCCAAGGACAGGACAAAGCCAUGGGUCUGCAUCGGCGAUCUCAAUCGGGCGGUAUCACAGAUGAGGAGAGGUGGCGGCACUGUUUGUUUCCGAAAUUACAACCUCCGGGACAACUUCCAUGAUGCGGUGUACGUGCCCAAUUCAGAGCGUUGCCCCUACCAUGAAAUGAGUAUUGAUAAUCCUGAGUUACGAUUAUGA